AUGACGAAAAGAGGUAACAUCGUUGCAGCCGCAGCGGCGGCGGCGGCCGUCAUUGCCACCGCCGGUCCAUCCAUGGCAGCAACACCAGGAGGAAGCGAGAUCGUCGGCUCCUCUUCGGUCUCCGGUAUGAUGAUGUUCAAUAGCGCUCCUGGCAAGGUCGUCAUCCUCGACAAAACCGAAGGAAAUGCCGCUCGCAUCAAUGGACACCCCGCCUGGGGUGAGGAGUGGGACACCCAAUCGAGGUCUUCACGCCUGAUGAAUGUCGUCACCAACACCUUCUGCGCAGGCGGAAUGUCGCUUGGCAAUGGAACAUGGGCCGUCUUUGGUGGCAAUGAGAACGUCGGCCCAGGAGGCAAUUCGACCACGCCACGAUUUAGCACCACAGCACCCUACUACGACGGAGACGGUGGAGCGGCUGCUCGAUUCUACUCGCCCAACUCGGCAGACAAUGCGGACUGGGAUGACGGCAACCACUACAUGAAGAGGCGCAGAUGGUAUCCCACUGUCGAAGCGCUCGGCGACGGCACGCUCUGGGUUGGUGGCGGUGAGGACUAUGGUGGAUACGUGGCCGACGAAGGUCAGAACCAACCCAACUUCGAAUACUGGCCAUCAAGAGGAGACGCCAUCAACAUGGACUUCCUCACCCAGACCUUGCCUAUGAAUCUGUAUCCCUUGGCGUGGACCAUGGCUUCAGGCUAUCUCUUUGUUCAGGCAGGUCAAGAUGCGAUCCUCUACAAUCUGGACUCCAACACGGUCGCCAAAGGUCUCCCCUCCACCACUGGGCCCAUGAAGGUCUACCCGGCGUCGGCAGGCGUGGCCAUGCUGCCCAUGACGCCCGCCAACAACUACACUCAGGAGGUGCUCUUCUGCGGCGGUGUGCAACGACCGCUGAACGAGUGGGGCAACGGUGCUGGCCCUCUGUACAACCCUCUCAACACUCCGGCGAGCAAAGUGUGCGAACGCAUCACACCCGAGGCGGACAACCCGACGUGGGAGCAGGACGACGAUCUGAUCAACGGCCGGUCGAUGGGCACCUUUGUCUACCUGCCCGACGGAAAGCUGUGGUUCGGACAGGGAGUGCGUAUGGGCACCGGCGGCUAUUCGGGUCAACCCUAUAACAAGAAUAUCGGUAUCUCGUUGGGUGACCAGCCCGAUUUCCAGCCCAUGGUCUACGAUCCCACCGCUGCCCGAGGCUCGCGCUGGUCGAUUGCCGGAUUGAGCCAGAUGCAGGUGCAGAGGAUGUACCAUUCCACGGCCAUCUUGCUUGAGGAUGGGUCCAUCCUCACGGCGGGCUCGAACCCGAACGCGGACGUUACGUUCAACAACACAGCCAACUACACCAACACAGAGUACCGCCUGGAGCAGUGGUAUCCGCUCUGGUACAACCAAGCCAGGCCUACGCAGCUCAAUGUGACCCAGAUCGCGUACGGUGGAGGCUCGUUCGAGGUCCCUCUUUCGAGCUCGGAUCUGUCGAACAACAUCACCAACAUCAAGAACGCGAAGGUGGUCAUCAUCCGCUCGGGUUUCGCUACGCAUGGUGUCAACUUUGGACAGCGCUACAUGGAGCUCAACUCCACCUACACGGCCAACCAGAAUGGGAGCGUGUCCGGUACGCUGCAUGUGUCCAACAUGCCGCCCAACUCGAACAUCUUCCAGCCUGGUCCGGCGAUGGCCUUCUUGGUGGUCAACGGUGUGCCUUCGAUGGGACAGCAUGUGAUGAUUGGCACAGGCCAGCUGGGCGACCAGAACAUCGUGGCCGCGACGGAGCUUCCGGCAUCGCAGGAUCCACCUGUGCCCAAGAGCAGCACUGGCAACUCCAAGGGCAACGGAUCCGGGUCCAGCGGUUCCAACUCGGGCCAGUCGAGCGGUGCUGCGGCCCUGUCGACAGGCUCAGCUGCUGUCGUGACGAUGAUCGUCGCUCUUGUCGCUGUGGUCUUGUCUGCUUGA